GUGUUCAUAAUUUGAAAGCUGCAAUAGUCUCAGUCGAACACGCUUGCUUUAGCAUUUAUUUCUUAGAGUCACUGGUGUAAAUGGUUCGGAAAUUACUUUAGGACAAUACAUGAGGAAAUCUUUUCAGCGUUAGCUCUUUUGAUUGUGACCCCAAAGAAGAUUUUAACUGCCUCUUUAGGGAAAAUUUCACUUUGUCACCCCUAAAGCUAAGAAUGUAUCCAAUCUUGCGUUAGAAAACAUCCUGUUAUCUUCAGAAAGAAGGCGUUUUCAAGGAUUCAGAGUAGAUCUAUCAGGGAGAACUAAAUGUUGAUACGCCGACACAAGCUAGUGGCCAGCGGUUUUCUUCACAACCCAUCUGUCUUUUCCUCGCGGCAGUUUAUAUAAGAUGAGUUUCGCUCGAAUAUUUCAUAUUGAAUCUGUGCAUGCCUUUUGGUUUCGUAUUUUCCUUCAUGCAUGAUAGAAAAUAGCAAACAGCUUGAAGGUCUUCGGGUAAAGACACGAAAACCAAACGUGGAUUAUAUGUUACGGACCCACUGGAGAAGACUUGAGGCUAAAGGUAAUGGAAUCAAAACCAAGAGUUUUGAUACUUGGCGGAUUGGGAUUUGUUGGCCGCAACCUUGUAUGCUACCUUGUCGAGCACAGGCUGUGUUCCAAGAUUAGGGCUGUUGAUAAAGUUCCACCACAAACAGCAUGGCUGAACAAAAGACAUAAAGCAGCAUUCAAUCAUGACAGUGUGGAAUUUAAGAGUGCCAAUCUCAUUCAACCUGCUAGUGUAGAGUCAGCCUUCUGCGAUUCUGGAGGUGAUUUUGAUAUUUGUAUUAACUGCGCAGCAGAGACCAGAUAUGGACAGUCUGAGGAGGUUUAUUCAGACGGGGUGUUCAAACUGAGCAUGAACUGUGCAAAGCAAGCGCGGGAAAGUAAUGUGAAGAGGUACAUUGAGAUCUCUACAGCUCAAGUGUAUUCUUGUGACAAGGGCAUAAGUAAUGAAGACAGCAAGAAAUCACCUUGGACACAUAUUGCAAAGUACAAGCUCAUGGUGGAACAAGAAAUAGCUAAACUUGAUGGAUUAAACUUUAUCAUUGUUAGACCAGCAAUUAUUUAUGGAAUAGGUGACAGGCAAGGACUAAUGCCAAGAUUAAUAAUUGGUGCUGUCUAUAAGCAAAUGGAAGAGACAAUGAAGCUGCUUUGGAACAAGGACCUGAAUAUGAGCACGGUUCAUGUCACUGAUGUUUGUCGAGCGCUGUGGCACCUGACCAGUCAUGGCAACAGUGGUGAUAUGUUUAACUUGGCUGACAAGAGUAAUACCACCCAGGGAAGUAUCACAGACUUCGUGUGUGAGAUAUUUGGAAUUAAACACGACUAUUUUGGUACUGUUUUAUCCAACAUGGCACGGUUGAACAUGGCAGGCACCGUUGAUGAUUCCAACGAAAAACACCUGGAGCCUUGGUCUGCAGCAUGCGAGAGAGAUGGUAUCCACAGUACCCCCCUUAGUCCGUAUUUGGAUCAGGAACUUCUUUACGAUAAUCACUUGUUCGUAAAUGGAUCAAAGAUUGAAGAAUCAGGUUUUAGCUACAAUUAUCCUGAACUUACGGUGGAAGUCUUGAAGGAGGUCCUUGAUAACUAUGUUGAAACAGGGUUAUUUCCACCUUCGCUGGCCCAUGCAAGAUGAUGACAUGAUGGCGAUUCGCUAUAUUAAAUUCUUUCAUAUGUGACUACUGAUCAUCCACAAGGAACCAGAGAAACAAAUAAAAUUCUGAACCCAAUGAUCUCGUCUGGGAAUCUGAUUUUGAUGUGAACUAAUAGCAAACAGUUUUCCUUCUGAGUAGAGAAUGCCUAUACUCCACAUAAAGAGCGUCUUUUUGAGAAAUCUUCUUUUGACAGGAUGAUUUGAUAAUUGUUUCGUCAACAAAACAUAAUAAGCACAACAUGUAUGAAUGUGGCCUAAGAAAACUUGUGUUAUCGUGUUUUUAUGUUUUUCAGGCGACUCGUGAAAGGUCAUGUAGUUUUUUAAUCUUGUUCGAAAUAAACGGCGUUUUCAGUCUA